AUGGAAGAACCUAAUUACGACUAUUCCGACGUUGCUCCAGUUAAAAUCAACACUGAGGAACCUCAAUUGUGCCAGAUUUUAUAUGAUGACGAUUACAAGAAAAUCAUGGGGAUUUUAUUAGCACUUAUGCAACAACAAGAGUAUUCAGAAAGGGCUUUAUAUAUCACUGAAUUAGGAAUUGAACAAUUGGCUUCACAUUAUACUAUUUGGAUCUAUCGAUUUAAUAUUUUGAAGAAUCUUCCCAAUACAAAUUUUAAUGAUGAGUUAGAUUGGUGUGAACAAAUUGCUUUAGAUAAUGAAAAGAAUUAUCAAAUUUGGAAUUAUCGACAAUUAAUUAUAAAUCAUAUAUUGGAAAGUGGGUUAAAAUUUGAACCAUAUAGAGAAUACCCCAUUAUGGAAGCUAUGUUGGAUAGUGAUCCUAAGAAUCAUCAUGUUUGGUCAUAUAGAAAAUGGCUUGUGGAAAAAUUUGAAUUAUAUAAAAGUGAAAAAGAAUUGGAAUUCAUUGAGAAAUUAAUUGAUCAAGAUUUAAAGAAUAAUAGCGCAUGGAGUCAUAGAUUUUUUUUAUUAUUCAGUAGGAAACAUCUUACUGAAGAUAAGACCGUUGAUGAUGAAUUGCUAUUUGUUAAAGAGAGAAUAGUAAAAUGCCCACAGAAUCCAAGUUCUUGGAAUUAUUUAUUAGGGAUGUAUGAAAGAUUCGAUGCACCACUUAGAGAAUUAGAAGAUUUCUGUUUGCAAUUAGUUGAUUUGGACCAAGGUAAAGUUGAAAGCAGUUAUGCUUUGGAAACAUUAGGUAAGAUUUAUAAGUCGCAAGAAAAGUAUGAUGAUUCCAUCAAGGUUUAUAAACUGUUGAAGGAUAAAUAUGAUCCUAUUAGGGCAAACUUCUGGGAAUUUCAAAUAUCUAAGAUCCAAAAGAUCCAAUGA